UUGUAAAUUAGGGUUUGAGGCGCAGAGUGAGAUCUCCGCUCCAAUCUGCAAUUGUGUGUGUGUGUGAGUGUGUGUCGAUUUCGAGCUUGGCUCCCCAGAUCGCCGUAGCCACGCUCAGCCUGAGGCUGACGACGCUUCCGCGAGGUCUUUGAGGUGUGAGUUACAGAGAGCGCUGCAGUCAUGGGUCGCAAGGCGGGAGUGAUGCGCGUCAAUCCCAAGACUCUGACGCGGAAGACGCUGCCCUGUUUCCAGGAGAUGCUCAUUUUCCUGUCGUGCAUUCAGAAAUUCAAUUACGACGAUGACAAGUGCGCGGCUGAGAAGCGCGCUCUCAACAUGUGCAUGGAGCUUCAGGCUAAGCAACCAAAGCAGAGCAGUACUAUCAACUACCACCUGCAAAGAAUAUCGCGCAUGAUGAAGGCAACCAAGUGAUGAUCUUGUUUAUUCCUUCAGACAUCUAAGCUGCUGGAAUGAGAUGAAGAAGGAAGGACAUCAUGCUUCCUUUCUUGGUAAACUGUGGCCACCUUUCACGGUUUGUAGGUUAAUGUAAGCAUUUGCAUACUUGGCAUUGAUUCUCACAUUAUCAUGUGGUAGUCACCAAAAUUUAGUGCAGCUUUCCAGUUUGCCUCUCUGUUUAUUGUCUUUUUUUUGGAUUUACCAAGACUUUUGGGUUUGCGUA